AAGGGGAAAGGAGUGAGAAGGACGGAACCUUAGUCAGAUGUGCAUAUGUUGCUGGCUGUUUUUGAACUUCUUUUCUGUGUUGUUUCCCAAAGGAGGAGUGGAAGUUGAAAGAAAGAGAAGAAGAACAAGCAGGGAGGAGAAGGAGAAGGAGGACAGAAGCUGUGAGGAAGAAACACCAAAUGGCAAUGGAUAAUACGGCUCCUCAGCCCGAGCCUUUGCAGGCGUGGACUUUCACACUGCUGCUGCUGCUGCUGCUGCCAUUGCUGGUGGUGGUGCUGGUGGUCUCCAUCCAGCAGACACACUAGGCUGCUCACACCUAUGAGCUCCAGAGGGGUUGAGCAGCCAUGCUUCCCGGCUAUGGACUUGAACCUUUUCCUGAUUUUCAGCCGCAUCACCACGCUUUGCACUGCAGAGGAGAGGGUCCCGGCAUGUGGAUGCCCAACUCGGGCAAGUCUGCGGUUGUGAUCUCCGAGGCAAAAGACGACGAACCGCUCCUCCGCUCGUGUCACCACAAGCAUAUUGCUGUGUGUCAGCAGGAGACUUUGACCUUCAUCGACCGUCAGCAACCAGAGACCCCUGAACUAAACGUACGCAGCUCUCCAAGGACAGACGUUCUAGACGGACAAUACAGCUUGAGAUGCUCACAAAGUGAACUGAUUGACUUGUCACAAAGCUGCCACAGAACAGUCAAUGAGGAUGUAACACUGUUGCCUUCAAUUCUGGCUGACAUUGAAAGCCAAAGUGGUCUGAGGACGUCUUUACACGAGCAGACUGAAGGUCCACAAAGUGUCACAUCAGCGUACCAUUCUCUCCAAACAUCUCUUAGUCUCCCUCUGCCUUUCCCACUCUCCUCCCUCUACACAAACAGAGAUUCCUGGGACUUUCAGACGCCAUGCACCUCAUCUCCAACUGAGGAUCCAGACUUUCAUAACCCGGAUUCCUAUCAGCUCCACAGGAGAACAUCUCAGGGUUCACUCAAAGAGAAGUCCAUCCGUCGUAAGAUGCAGGUUUAUUCUUCAGACAGCCUCAGUGAUGAAUCCCUCAGCAGCCCCAUCCUGGAUGCAGACUUCAUCUUCCCCGGACCUUUUACUUCUUUCCUGGAGGAGGACGUCAGUGGACAGUCCUCACAAGAGGCCAACACAAAUACUUCAUUUUCAGAUGCUCCAGGUCCAGACCUGCAGGACGUUACUCAGGAUGACAUCUUAGAUCUACCUGCAGAACCGCUGCAGAUGUUAGAGGACUCAGUGCCCGGGAUGGGCAAAGACAGUCUGGACGCAUCCAUUGCAACCAGGGGCAGUUUUCUACCACGCAGGGGAGACCAUGAGCGACGUCGCUUUUCCGCCUCAGAGUUGAUCUCCAGACUCCAGCUGUCCCAAAGGAAGAACUCCUUUACCUUGAAGCUGGGAAAGUCACUGUCGGCCCGCGUCACCUCCAGGGACCGACAGAGUUCUAGCAGUUGGACCCUCGACAAUUCCAAGUCCAACUCAAAGAGCUGCAGCUCGGGCUCCAGUGAUAGUGCCCCCCACAGUCCUGUAGGACCCGCACCACCAAUGGCCAGCAGCGACGGUGCAUUAUCUACACAUUGGUGGAGCACCAAACUAGGAAUGCGAAAGAAGUCAGUGGAAGAGGACUUGUGCACACCAACUACUGUUGGGUCUUCCAAUCGCUUAUCAAGGUUCUUACCAAGUUCUAUGCUAUACCAAGAAUACAGCGAUGUCGCCAUCAACAGAGAGAUCCAGAGGCAACAGGGCAACGAACCAGGCGUAGAAGACGAGCGUUUAAUGGACGAGGGUUCCAACGGAACACCGUCUCCAUCAAACUUGUCUCCGUCCAGUUCCUUUCGUUCCUCGCGAGGUUCCGUGUUCGCCCUGUGGCAGGACAUCCCGGAUGUGCGCACAAGUGGUCAGCUGGAUAACUUCAGCAACGAGGAGAGGAAGUUACAGGAGGCCAAGUUUGAGCUGGUCACAUCUGAGGCCUCAUACAUCCGCAGCUUGACAAUUGUGGUAGAUCACUUCAUGCUCUCACAGGAGCUCUCGGAUUGUCUCGGAGCUCAGGACAAGCAAUGGCUCUUCUCCAAGCUGCCCGAGGUCAAAGAUGUCAGUGAGAGGUUCCUUCAGGACUUGGAGUACAGGCUGGAGGAAGACAUCCUGCGUUUUGACGUGUGUGACAUUGUACUGGAUCACUGCCCGGCUCUACGCAGGGUCUACUUGCCUUAUGUAACCAACCAGGCUUACCAAGAACAGACAUAUCAGCGUCUACUGCAGGAGAGCCCCCGUUUCCCUUUCAUCUUGGCUCGUUUGGAGGAGGACGCCGUGUGCCAAAGACUACCUCUGACCUCCUUCCUAAUCCUGCCAUUCCAGAGGAUCACGCGGCUUAAAAUGCUGGUGGAGAACAUCUUAAAGAGGACGAAACCGGGUUCUCGAGAUGAAGACACGGCGACGAAGGCUUUCAAUGAGCUGAAAAGGAUGAUUAAAGAGUGCAACUGCAGUGUGCAGUCCAUGAAGAGAAUGGAAGAACUCAUCCACCUCAAUAAGAAGAUUGACUUUGAGGGCAAGAUCUUUCCUCUUAUCUCCCAGUCUCGCUGGCUGGUGAAGCACGGUGAGCUCCUGGAGGUGGACACUCAGACGAUGAGUAUUUCUGGAUCCAAGCUCAAGCUGCCCACCAAGCCAGUGUAUCUACAUCUGUUCAAUGACUGCCUGCUGCUGUCCAGGAGGAAAGACACUUGGAAGUUCCUGGUGUUCGUGCAUGCCAAGAUAGGAGAGCUGAAAGUGAAGGAUCUGAGUCACAAGCUGCAGGGCAUCUCGGGUUUCAUCUUCCACCUCCAGCUGUAUGAAGGACAGCAGCUCAAACAUCAGAUCCUGCUCAAAUCGCUCACAGAGAGCGGGAAGCAGCGAUGGAUCACUGCCAUGUUUCCAUCAGAUCCACUGGAGGACAUAGAGAACGCCAGUGAGAAUGAUGACAUAUCCCAGGUGCAGUGCAUUAGAAGUUACCAGGCCCAGGAACAUGAUGAGUUGACGCUGGAGAAGGCUGACAUUCUUCAUGCCAAGACCAUCACAAGUGACGGCUGGGUGGAAGGCAUCAGGUUGUCUGAUGGGGAACGGGGCUGGUUCCCCAAAUCCUACAUCGAGGAAAUCACCAGCCGCAGCGCACGUCUCCGCAACCUCCGGGAAAACAUCCGCAUUAAAUGUGUCACACAGAAACUGGAAGGCGAGGAUGAGUGAAGAGACACUGGGAGUGGUCUCACAAUCCUAAUUUGACACAAACGCAAAUAUAUAUUUUGAAAAACUAGUCGACGUGACUCAGGAAGAUUGCUGGUUCGAUGCCUUGAUGUAACAUUUAUGUACUGUAACUAGGGAUGCUCCGAUCGAUUGGCCACUGAUUUCCAUAAAAAUCCCGUAAUAUCCUAUGCCGAUAGACACCUUUCAAAGCCAAUCACCUAAACCGAUCGGUGUGAUGGCGGCAUGUGUGCUAGCUAGCGAAUGUUAUCCGCCUAGCUUCUGGUUUUCAUACUCCAAAUGACAUUUUGCCUUAAAAAAAAAAUCAUUUUUGUCCCACAGGAAUCCACAAGUGGAUGUCACAUACAUGUUGUACGUACUAACCUUUGAGUAUCGUUGACAAUUUAAAUAUUGGCAGUCGUAAAGAAACCAAAUAGUUGACAGCACUAAUAGUGAUGAAAGCAAGCUGGACACUGAAUUUAUUCUGUUUUAAGUUGAGCAGGAUAAAUUUAUAUUUAAAAACAUAUUUAUUAGUCCUAUUUUAUUCUGUUAAUUUUGGUAUCUUGAGCUACUAAAUAUUUUGUGAUCAGUUCAUUUCCCAUGUAUUCGUAAAAGACAAUCCGCCCAAAUGUUAAUGUAAACUUUAUCCAUGUGAUCGGUGUCAUGGAUGACCGCUAUUGGAAUGGGCAGCAAACAACCCUGAUCGGAGCAUUUCUAACUGUGGCAUGUUUGGAGAGCAGACCACUAGAUCUAAAUACAUAGAGAAUAUAAUAAAUAUAUGUUUAAGAGUAUUUUGGGUUGCCAUAGUCAUAUGUUGUAUUUCCAUUAAAAAAAAGCAUCAAGUACUAGAUUAUCACUCACGACCGUAGGUGGAGGGCCAUCUGCUGGCUCUGGUUGGUCACUGCUCCACUCAGCCCCAAUGCAAAAUGAAAUCUUGUACAGUAUCUGUCCACAUACAGAAAAAUUUAAGGAUGUGGGGGGGGGCAUCUCAUCAAUUUAGAAAUCAUUUUAUUUCCCCCAAAAUAUACAAAAUAUGCAAUAAAACAUCCAAACUAGCCCCCAUUCCACAUUUGACACCCCAUUUUGUUUGCAUUACUCAGACAACAGGCUGGAAGUCUACACAGUACUAAACAGUUCAACCAUUAAAUAAACUGGAAUAUAUUCAA